GUCUGAGAGAAACAACAAGAGAGGCAAGGAUCCGCGGAAAUCAUAACAUUCCAUAAGGAUAAAUGAAUUAAUAAAAAAUAAAAGUUCAAUUCCUCGGUUUAAUUUGUAUAAUUAUAUAUAAAUAAAUAUUGCGAGUGAAUAAAAAAAUGGCAAAGUCAGUUCUUGGUUCGGAUACAUUACCAAAAGCUGGCAGAGUUAAUGAAGUUUGUCGUGAAUGGUUGGUACAUGAAGAUGGUGCUCUUGCCUAUCGGCUACAAGAUGAAGAAAUCAAAGAACAUUAUACUGGUAACAAAAGUCGAAAUGCACAAGUUCGUGAAGAUUUGCCAAAAGCUCGAGUCGAACAGGAAUUGGAAGCAAUGCGUUAUCAUUCACAUGUUCAACAACAAGAGGAAAAAGAUGCUGUUGUUGCAAGGCAAAUAGCCCUGACAUUAGAACGAGAAGAACAACAAAAGGAUCGUGAACUUCGUGAAAAAAUGAGGUUACAGCUUCGAAUGGAUGACGAGGUCGCACAAAUGGAAGCCGAACGGGAAAUUCAACGUCGUGUUCAGGAAGAAAAAGAUCAGGAAUUAGCCAGAAAGCUACAACUUGAAGAAGAGGAACGAGCAAUUGAUUCUCAGGAUGGACCAAUUAAUAGUCAAUAUCUUCUUGAUCAAAAAAUGGCAAUAGAGGCUCAGGAUGCGGAACUUGCUCGAAUGUUACAGGAUAAGGAACGAGCGAAAGCAAGACGUGCUCGUGAACGUGCUAAACAAAAAAAACUCGAACGACAACAACAACUACUACAAGAACAACAACAACCACAAAUUGAGGAACGUAACAAUAGUCUUGAAAAAGUACAAAGACCCGAUAAGCUGGACUUGAAGGUCUAUUCGGAAAAAGGUAAAAAAAAACCUUAUCCCCAAUAUCCUGAUACUGAUCCCGAGGAGAUUCAAGUACUGGAAGACGAUCCAGAGGAAGAGAUUCGUGAAGUUCCAAAUGUUGCAGCAAUGAUUGAUCCAACUUACAAUGGAAAUGCUUAUCGUAAUUCAUCAACAAAUUCAAGUAAUACUGUGAGUCCUGUUUAUACACUGCCAACGCCAUCACCACAGGAAAUUAUGGUUGACGAUAUUCCAUGUUACAUGCCAAUUCAAGGUCAAAGGCGUAAUCAAAAUCAAUCGCCACAAACAAACGAAGAGAAAAACAAUAAACGAAGAGUUAAAGACGGUUGUAAGCAACAGUAAAGAAAAAAAGAAAAGAGGCUUUUAAAAUCAAAAUCUAAAUUUUGAUUUAUCAGAGGGUAAAUAAGAUUGAUUUUUUCCUUCGAAUGAGUGUUGUUCAUUAAUUUCCCACUAUUUUGUUAAUAUUGGAAUUUUUAUAUUUUAAUUUUUUUUUUUUGAUAAGUUUUCUAUUUUUGUAUAGUUAAAGAGAAAUACUCACACUUUUUUUCAUCACACUUAUAAAUAUAAGAAAAAUAAAGAAAUUAAUGAACUCGGAAUGUUUAUAUAGAACAAAAGUUAUAAAAGAGAUUGUUGCCAUAGUGUUCAGAAAUUUUAAAAAAAUACUUUGUAGAAUACAAAGUAAGUGCCUUUCAUCACAAGGUACAUGUGUAUUUUUAGAUUAACAAUUUUCUCUACAAAAUUGUUUCGAUAAAUUUAUAUUUUUUAUAUUGAUUUCGCAAUUAUUUAAAAUGUACUUUCAAUAUUUAGAUCUGUUUUUUUUUAAAUUAUCAUGUGAAUCUCAAAAACUGAAUCUUAAGAAAGCCUCUCUGUGUAUUUAAAAUAGGAACAAGUAUUUGUGACUCGAUUUUAUUAAAAAAAAAAGCGGCGAUAAAAUUGAAACUGCCAAAGAUUUAAAAAUUUUUAUCUGGCUGGCUUUUAAACGAGAUCACUUUGAUUUAUUAGAAUAUUGUUUGUACCAAAUAAAACAAAAAAAAAAAAAAUGCGCUAUAUAAUUAGCGCCAUAAUUAUUGUCGCCGUUAACGACUUGAAUGCCUUUCCAAUUUUAUUGUAUAUGUAACAAUAUAUUACUUAUUGUACAAUGUAUAACACAGUAUUCGCUUAGACUUCAAAAAAAUUUCCUUCUGAAGGUCUACAAUUUUUUUUUAAAGACAAAAAAAAUGCGAUUUCUAAACCAAAUUAUUUACAGAAAAUUUGUUUAUCAUAAAUUAAUUUUAGACCUUCAAAUCGAAAUUCAUAAUUUACAAACGUACCGGUAUUAUAUAGAUCUUAAAAAAGUUUUACUAUUGUAAUGCUUUUUUUUAUCAAACAAAAAAAUAAGAAUGACUGCACCGAUUUAUAAUUGUGCCUUGCGCAAAUUUUUGCGUGCCAGCCUUCUCCUAAAAUAAUGUUUGAUUUACAAACAUUAAAAAAAAAAAUUGAGCUUAAAAAUGUAUUACUCUACGGUGAUUGGAGACUUGGUGAUUUAUUAUCAAUUUUCUUACACAUUUAUUGUACUAAUAUAGCUGUACAUCAACAUAGAAAAUAAAUUAUUUACAUAUGUAUAUUAAAUAA